CGUUGUAAAAGAUUAGUGGCGGUGGGCGCGAUCCGUGGGUUUCAGUGAUCCGUUCGACUAAGGGGACCUCGCAUCGGGGGCGGUGCAGCAGACCGAGAGGGAAGCGGGAGUCAAAGCCCGCUAGGAAUAGACUUUUAGGGGUUCUUGAGUGGAAGAUUGGAAGUGGGAAGCAUCUUAUUCUGACCUUAUGAAUGCACUUUUGGGGGUUCCUUGAGCGCCGCGUAUAAAGAGGGGCUACGCAUUGGUAGCCAGAGAGAGAGAGAGAAGAAGAAGAAGCAAUCUUCUUAGUAGAACAAAUAGUAGAACAAUCUGGAGGUAUCCUUUAAAAAGGCGCAGUUUUGGAUUGCAAGACAUAGGAAGCGGCUGGAGAAAGGUGGGGCCGAGAGGAAGGCGCAGGUUGGUGAAAGUGGUGGCUGUUAACGUGAAAGGAGAGCACAUAGCCUGGUGCGACUCUGCAGCCCGGGUUAUAAAGAGAGAAGCGGCAUUGGCGAGCUCCCAGAGGAAGAGGCUUGAGUGAGGAUGGGGCCUCUGCUGUCUCUAGGGAUUGGGCUUCUGCUUUUCUUGCUCUGGGCUCGCUAUAGGGGCCUCGAGUACGUGCUAGUCCACCACCGCUGGAUUUUCGUGUGCCUCUUCCUGUUGCCCCUUUCUGUCCUUUUCGACAUUUACUACCAACUCCGGGCUUGGGUUGUGCAGAAGCUGCACUGCGCUCCACGGCAGCACGACUUGCGCGUUCGGAAGAUCCAGAAAGAGGUUCGAGAAUGGAAAGCAGAAGGCCAAAAAACAUAUAUGUGCACAGGCCGUCCUGGCUGGCUUACUAUGUCUCUUCGUAUUGGGAAGUACAAGAAGACUCUAAAGAACAUCACAAUCAACUUGAUGGAUAUUUUAGAUGUAGACACUGAGCGACAGGUUGUUCGGGUGGAACCUUUGGUCUCAAUGGGGCAAUUAACAGCACACCUGAAUCGUAUAGGCUGGACUAUUCCAGUGGUACCAGAACUUGAUGAUCUUACAGUAGGUGGUCUGCUCAUGGGAACUGGCAUUGAAUCUUCCUCUCAUAUCUAUGGAUUAUUUCAGCAUAUCUGUGUGGCCUAUGAGCUUGUUCUUGCCGAUGGCAGCCAUGUGAGAUGUACCCCGGAGGAGAACUCAGAUCUAUUUUAUGCAGUGCCUUGGUCUUGCGGCACAUUAGGCUUUUUGGUUGCAGCAGAAAUAAAAAUGAUCCCAUCUAAGAACUAUGUGAAAAUACAUUAUGAGCCCGUGAGAGGACUGAAAGCCAUCUGCAAGAGAUUUGCUGAAGAAUCAGAAAAGAAAGAGAAUCAUUUUGUAGAGGGCAUUGUGUAUUCUUUGGAAGAGGCUGUCAUAAUGACUGGAGUUUUGACCAAUGAAGCUGAGCAAGAAAAGGUCAAUAGAAUUGCGACGUACUACAAGCCAUGGUUUUUUAAGCAUGUGGAGAAUUAUUUGAAAGCUAAUAUCACAGGAACAGAAUAUAUUCCAGCAAGAGAUUAUUAUCAUAGGCAUACAAGGAGCAUUUUCUGGGAGCUCCAGGACAUCAUCCCGUUUGGCAAUCAUCCAAUUUUUCGCUAUCUCUUUGGCUGGAUGGUCCCUCCUAAAAUCUCCCUUUUAAAAUUGACUCAAGGCGAAGCCAUGAGAAAGCUCUAUGAGCAACACCACGUGAUACAAGACAUGAUGAUCCCCAUGAAGAGUCUUGAACAAUGUAUUCAAACCUUCCACAGUGUCAUUAAAGUUUAUCCUCUAUGGCUGUGUCCAUUCAUCUUGCCUCACAAUCCUGGAAUGGUUCACCCAAAAGGAGAUGAAGAGGAACUCUAUGUAGAUGUGGGAGCCUAUGGGAUUCCCCAGACAAAACACUUUGAAGCCAUGGCGUCUACCAGACAAUUAGAAAAGUUUGUGAGGAACGUUCAUGGUUUUCAGAUGUUAUAUGCAGACUGCUAUAUGACCCGUGAAGAAUUCUGGGAAAUGUUUGAUGGCUCCCUCUAUCACAAACUGAGACAAGAACUUCAGUGCAACAAGGCUUUUCCUGAAGUGUAUGAUAAAGUCUGCAAAGCCGCAAGACAUUAAGUCCAACUGGUCCAUGAAGCAACUGGAAAAAUUUGGGUCUAAAUAAAAACUAUUUCUUCUGCUCUUUUCCAAAACCCCUCUUGUUGCUACUUCAGAGACUCCAUUCAAAAUGUGAAUUUUAGAAGAAAUACUUCUGCCUUUGUAUGAAAAUAUAAUUGGUAGUAUUUGUCUUAAAAAUGUGUAUGCUUCUUUAUCUUCUUUCUAGGAAUUUCCAUUUUUGACCACUGUGGUUUAAUGAUAGCUUAGGUAUAGAUUGAUAUAUUUAGUAGAAGGGGAAUAGAAAAAUCAGAACCUUAAAAUAGAAGAAUAACUUAUAGAUAAAUGAGUGGGAGAUGUAUGCAAGGUCUGCUAUUACAGAUGUACCAUAGGCUCUUUCUGAGAGUUGUGCCAAAUAAAACUGCCUUUCUAAUGUCACAGUUGCCUAUAUCAGAUAGGUUUCUUUGCCCAGGGUUGAAAAGUCAUAAUUCGCAAUAAAGUCAUAAUUAUAACCUGUCUGAACGUUUUGAAUACUAUGGAUUGGAGACUAUUUUUUGAAUUAGUAUAUGUUCUUCACAAUACCCUCUCUCUGUGUCUCUCAUUUUGCUGACAUUUUUUCUUUGAUAGUUUUCAUCAAAGUUUUAUGUGCUGAAGGAAAAAAAAAGACUGUUACAGACAUGUCCCCAGGAAGAAGACAAAAACUUUUUAAAACGUUUUUCCCCCCUUGUUUAGAAAUGUUACUGCUUUUUUUUGCCUUCCAGUAAUCUGUCUGUUGGAUUAUGAAUGCUGGUUUAACAGUUCCAUAAUGUAUUUCUCCAUAGUACAAGUUUGUAUUUCUGUUUUAAUAGUAAAGAGGGCUAUCAGUAAUCUGAUAUAAAUAGCAACGGUAUUCUAUUCAUUGUCAGGUCUACCUAUUUUAUGCUUAUUUUGUUCAUGAAAUUCAUGGUAAAGGUAGUCCUUGACAUACAACCUCAAUUGAGUGCAGGAUUUCUGUGGCUAAGCAAAACAGUUAUUAAAUGGCUUGUCCCCCAUUAGCACAGUUGUUAAGUGAAUCACAGCAGUUGUUAAGUUAAGAACAUGGUUGUAAAAUGAAUCUGGCUUCCCCAUUGACUUUGCUUCUCAGAAAGGGGAUCACAUGACCCCGGGACACUGCAACCGUUGAUAUGAACUAGUUGCCAAGCAUCUGAAUUUUGAUCACAUGACCAUGGGGAUGCUGCAAUGGUUGAGCGUGUGAAAACUGUCAUAAGCCACUUUUUUCAGUGCUGUUGUAACUUUGAAUGUUCAUUAAACAAACUGUUGUAAGUCAAGGACUACCUGUGAGUGGUGGUGAAGAUUUAUAUCAGAGGUCUUCAAACUUGGCAGCUUUAAGACUUGUGGACUUCAACUCCCAGAAUACACUGCUAUGCUGGCUGGAGAAUUCUGGGAAUUGAAGUCCACAAGUCAUAAAGCUGCCAAGUUUGAAGACCUCUGAUUUAUAUGGUAGAUGGUUAAUUAUUAAUAGCAUCAUAUAGAAGAAGUAUUCCUCCCUCCCUCCUCUUUCCAUUGUUACUGUUAUAGGAUUUGUCAUAUUUUUCUUCUACUCAGAUUGUUUAGUGCCUUAAAUCACCUGAAAGAAACUGGAUUGUUUUAGGCCUUCUUAUUUUCAGGAAUACAGUGGAUGUGAGAAAUGCUUGAAAAAAACUACUUGGAGGGUGGAUCUCUUUAACCUCUUUCCACCUAAAACUUAACAUUACUGGUAAAGACAGCGUUGCUGGGAGCUUUGACCAUUAGAUAAAUACACGCUACUGAUAUAUCAAUUUUUAUAAUUAUCUGGAUGUUGUUGAUAAUUGAAACUCUUGAAACAAAGCUGCUUGGAAUAGAUACUGUAAUAGUAUUCUGAGUUUUGUCCCAUAUUGUGGCCUGCACUUUGGAAUACUUGAUUCAGACUUGAGAUAGUUUACACUCAAACCUUUCUCUGCUUUUUGACUGGAGUGGCAAUAGAUAAGCUAGAAAAGUGUCUCCUGCAUCAAUGUAUUCCUAUAAUUUAAUAUUACAGCAAAUAGGUGGUUGGCUAGCCCUAAGAACAGUCGAUAAUUACAUGAUUUUAAAGGGGUUUUAUUUGAGUUUUGUGUAUGUUUUAAUGUCACCAAUAUUAACCAAAAUUGGAUCCAAGGACUAAGAUAUGCACAGUUCUAGCAAAUAAUUAAUUAUUUGUAUUUAAUACUUACAGUAUCUUAACAUCUGAACUGUCUAUAGAGUUUUAAACAGUUUUUGGUAUUUAAUGGAGAGAUUGGUUUAGAGCAGGGCUGUCAAACUCCUGGCCCACGGGCCAGAUGCCUCAUGAGCUGGCCACUGCCACGCCCAGUUUAGCGAAGGGGGAAAAAGUCCUAAUAUGUCACAUGACUCUACCAUGAUGAUGUGAGUUUGACACCCCUGGUAGAGUGAACCAGUAAGAGCAUAUUUUAGACCAGAGGUUUCCAAACCUGGCAAUUUUCAGACGUGGAUUUCAAUUCCCAGAAUUCGUCAGCUAUGCUUGCUGAGGGAUUCUGGGAGUUGAAGUCCACAAGUCUUAAAAGUUGCCAGGUUUGGAGCCCCCUGUUUUAGACUAAUCCAGAAAUAGCUCAUAUCCAUGUUGAAAUCUAAACAUUCCUUGAGAGAAAAACUUGCUUACAACUCUUCUAGUGCCUUCCCAGACAUCUGAGGACCAUUCCCAUAUGGUGGAACCUAUAAAAUAUCUGCAUAAUGACAUCAGAGCAUCAGGCAUAAGUUGAAUGCAGAAGCAAAUCAGAAAUUAGACUGGGCUCAAUAUUUGUGUAAUUUCUGGAAUGUGCCUCAGGUUAUAUACAGUAAGAUAAAUAAAGUGGUAUUUUGGUACUCAUCACUAAUUGGUUCCAAGAGGUGUGAUGAGUAUCAAAAACAAUGAGUACCAAACAAAUUUUAGUCAUAAGGAAUAAUGUAGUGAAUCACAAGUCAGCUAACACUGACUUGUGUUGACUAUCAAAACAAUGAGUACCGGAACAAAAUUUUCACCUUAAACGUGUUAAAAUACAAAUUCAAUGAGUUUCAAAGCAGUUGAGUAUCAAGGUAUUACUGUAUCUGCAAGUUUGAUUUUUGUUGCAACAAUCAGCACACUAUUCCAAUCAUGCAGGUAAAUAUAAUAACAGCAUCAGCAUACUUUGUUUUGCAAUUGUCAGUGAUGUACUGCUGCACUUGGGCAGAACUUGUACUAUUUCCUUAUAAUAACAGCUAUGGUGUGCCUGAAUAAAAUUGUGUUGACAAUA